CCCUAUGUCGUUUUUGAAAUCCUGCAUAUUGUCCAUAGGUCAAUUUUCUUUCUAAUAUAUGAGGCCCCAUCAUCUCUCAUAUAUAGUUAGAUCUUUCAUAUGACGACAUCAUUAUUAUGACUGUGGAUUUGGAUAAGUAUGCCAAACCAGGCAAGGAUCACUAUAUAGCGUUGGGGCUAGAAGGUUCUGCCAAUAAAUUGGGGGUAGGAGUUAUAAGGCAUAAUUUAGGACAAUUAUCAUCUAAUAAUCGAGCUCAAGUACUUUCUAAUGUUAGAGAUACAUAUAUUACUCCACCUGGUGAAGGAUUUUUACCUCGUGAUACUGCUAGACAUCAUAGAAAUUGGGUAGUAAGAAUUAUAAAAAGAGCAUUAAUUGAUGCAAAAAUAAAAGGAACUGAUAUAGAUUGUAUUUGUUUUACUCAAGGACCUGGAAUGGGAGCUCCAUUACAAUCAGUAGUAAUUGCUGCUCGUACUUUAGCACAAUUAUGGGGUGAUAUACCAUUAGUAGGGGUUAAUCAUUGUAUUGGACAUAUUGAAAUGGGUAGAGAAAUUACAGGUGCUGAUAAUCCAGUAGUAUUAUAUGUUAGUGGUGGAAACACUCAAGUAAUCGCAUAUUCUAAACAAAGAUAUAGAAUUUUUGGUGAAACUUUGGAUAUAGCUAUAGGGAACUGUUUAGAUAGAUUUGCUAGAACUUUAAAAAUUCCUAAUGAACCAGCUCCAGGAUAUAAUAUCGAACAAAUGGCUAAAAAGGGUAAGCAUUUAAUUAAUUUACCAUAUACUGUUAAGGGGAUGGAUUUAUCAAUGUCAGGUAUAUUAGGAUAUAUAGAUCAAUUGGCUAAGGAAAUGUUUGGUAAACAAGCCAAAAAAGUAGUGGAUGAAACCACUGGAGAACCUAUAACAGCAGAAGAUUUAUGUUUCUCUUUACAAGAAAUCUUAUUUUCAAUGUUAGUAGAAAUCACUGAACGUGCAUUGGCUCAUGUCAAUAGUAAUCAAGUUUUAAUUGUUGGAGGUGUAGGAUCAAAUGAAAGAUUACAAGAGAUGAUGAAGUUGAUGAUUCAAGAUCGUAAAAAUGGUCAGAUUUAUGCUACUGAUGAAAGAUUCUGUAUUGAUAAUGGUAUAAUGAUUGCCCAUGCUGGAUUAUUAAGUUAUAGAACUGGUCAAACUAAUGAUAUAAAAGAUACAGUAUGUACUCAAAGAUUCAGAACUGAUGAAGUGUUUAUAAAAUGGAGAGAUGAUUAGAGUAUUGUCAAUAUAAAC